AUACGACGUUUUCCCCCCACCCGUAAUCGUGUGGGGAAAGCCUCCUUCUGUGUUAGGAUUGGCUGUAAUCUAGCGCACGCGCACGUUCCUUGUCCAAUCUGCUCUUGGGUUGAAAUUUCUAACCAAUCAGCACGCAGGAGGCGGGGUUUGUCGGAAAGUGGUUGGGGGAAAAAAACGGGUUUGGGAGCUGUUAAAGCAGGUUAGCAACACAAUUAGCUUCGGUUAUUGUGUACAUUAUUGCGUUUGAGGAUGAUUUAGAACAGUUUUGUUAGGAAUGAUGGAAUAAUGUAACUUCGUGUUGUUUUCUUGGAUUUUAUUUUUACUUUUUAAUUUGAUUUUUCAACCAUAUUUGUCAUUUUUGUCGGCUGCUAAGUAACCUGCUCACCGAAACACAGAUUGGCGUAGAUGCGGAUCGAGCGCAUGGAAUCAGCGGCGCGUCCCGGUUGGACGAUGAACGAGAUGAAGGCGGAGCCACUGGACUUUGUGCGAGACUUUCAGGAGUAUCUCGACCAGCAGACGCAUCACGUGAACGCGCUGUCGUCUUCCGUGAACGGCGAGAAAAGUGACGAGGAUCUGCGGACAGGUGUGUGUGAGGCGGAACAAAGUGCGAUGGAUCACCUGGCGUCUAUCGAGGUGCGUCUGGACGCGGACGGAUUCGAGAGGACGGGCGACGGAAAGUUCCGGUGUCGUUACUGCAGUUACGCCAGCAAGGGGCAGGCCCGACUCAUCGAGCACAUGCGCACACACACAGGAGAGAAGCCUCACCGUUGUCAGCUGUGUCCGUUCUCCUCGGCGUAUGAGCGACAGUUGGAGACACACAUGCGCUCACACACGGGCGAGAAGCCGUAUAAAUGCGAGCUCUGUCCGUUCCGCUGUAACGACCGGAGCAACCUGUCUCACCAUCGCCGCCGCCGCCACAAACUCCGCCCCCUGACGAACGCGGCCUCGACGCAGACCAAACCCGGAGCGUUGUUCCUCUCCGAGGACAAACCCCUCCCUCUUUCUCAACCGGCAGCCAAUCAGGAGCAAGACUGCGGCGACGGGUUGGGUCCCAGUUCGCCCAACCAGGCUACGGAGGGCUACGAAAGGGAGGUCAAAGGUCACGCUCUGACUCCGCCCUCUCAGGACCCUAACGCGGACACGCUCCUGAGUCCGGAAUCUUCUCCGGCGCAGAUCAACGCUCAGACGCUGUACUUCUGCCCGCAUUGUCAGACGUAUUUCGGCGAUAACGUGCUCUACACUGUGCAUAUGGGUUGCCAUGGUUACGACCAGCCGUUUCAGUGUAACGUCUGCGGCGUGCACUGCAGCGACAAGUAUGAGUUCGCCUGUCACUUCGCACAGGGACAGCACCGAAAGUGACACACACACACACACACACACACGUUUAUUUAUAUCUCCAAAACCUGUAUUUAUACCUUCAUCUGGGGUCAGAGGUCAAAGUCCAUUAAUUGUGCUCACCACUCACGUUUUUUUUUUUUUUUCCAUAUACAGACACGCCCACUUUCUCGUCUGUGGUCUUCAAGCCACGCCCCCUCUCAGAGCUGGUCUCAUUUACAUAUAUAUUAUGUCAUUUCAGUGUCUUAAAGCCACGCCCACUUACAGCUGCUUUGAUUCUCAUACACACAAUAUAAUUUCAAGGCCACGCCCCUUUCUGUUCUGUGGCAUUCAAGCCACACCCACUCAGCUCAUUUCCAGCUAGUGUGUCAUUUCCACGACACGGCCGCGUCAUAUUCAUUUUCAUCAUUUGGUAUUUUAUGCCACGCCCACUUAAGAGCCACGCUGACGUUCAAACAUAUGCGGAAUUUAAAGAACACACCCACUUUUCCUUUUAUGGUCUUCAAGCUACAGUAUGUCAUUAGAAGGACACGCCCAAAUUUAAAAAAAAAAAAAAAAACACCAACAAUCAGUGUCAUUUCCAUAUUCAGUAUCUAAUUUAAAGGACACGCCCACUUUUCCUCUUCCGUGACAUUCAAGUAGCCAUGUUCUUAAAGCCACGCCCCCUCAGAGACAUUCUAAUAUCUAUAUCGCCAUGACUGUGAUCGCUUCUGUGGUUCUCAAGCCACGCCCACUCAGAGCGUUUUCAUAUGCAGUGUGUCAUUUGAAAGCCACGCCCAAUUUCUGGCCUAUAGCCUUCAAGCCACGCCCACUCAGAACCGCCCAUAUUGUCCUAUACAGUAUGUAAUUUAAAGCCACGCCCAAUUUAUCUUCUGUUAUUGAAGCCACGCCCACUCAGAACCGCCCAUAUUGGCCUACACAGUAUGUAAUCUAAAGCCACGCCCAAUUUAUCUUCUGUUAUUAAGCCACGCCCACUCAGAACCGCCCAUAUUGGCCUACACAGUAUGUAAUCUAAAGCCACGCCCAAUUUAUCUUCUGUUAUUAAGCCACGCCCACUCAGAACCACCCAUAUUGUCCUAUACAGUAUGUAAUCUAAAGCCACGCCCACAUCCUCUUCUGUUAUUAAGCCACGCCCACUCAGAACCACCCAUAUUGUCCUAUACAGUAUGUAAUUUAAAGCCACGCCCAAUUUCUCUUCUGUUAUUAAAGCCACGCCCACUCAGAGCCGUUCCAUUAUUUAUAUAUAGUAUGUAAUUGCAACGCACUCUCUUCUAACAUUAAGCCACGCCCACUCUGAGUCCCUCUCACUCUCUAAACCAUAUAUAGUAUGUAAUUUUAAUGACACGCCCAUAUUCUUUUCUAUUGUCUGAAAGCCACGCCCACUUACAGCUCUAGGACACGCCCACUGUCUGUUCUAUGACAUUCAGGCUGGAGAAGUACACAGGUCUUUUUAUUUUUUCCUCACAAGUACAAGCCCUGCCCAUUUAGGGCUGCUCUACUUCCAUAUAUAGUAUGUAACUAAAAGGCCACGCCCACUCAGAGAAGCUAUUCUUUCCAUAUACAGUAUUAAUUUAAAGGAAAUUUACUUCUUAUGGCCUUCAAAGCACUCACUCAGAGAUUGUAUUAUUAAUUAUAUUAUAAAAAUAUUAAAUAAUGCCAACUUUCUAAACUAAAAGUAUUUAGUAUUUAUACAAACGUUUCUCUGAACUGUUGGGAAAUUUCUACUAAAACGGAUUUAAAUUAGAUUUCCAUGUUAAUAAACUGAAAUUUUGUCCAUAUUUUGUUUCCAUUGUAUUUGUAACACAGAUUAAAUUGAAUCCCUUAUUUUAUUUCACAUUUUGUUAGUUAUAAAACAUCCAGAAUGUGACGUGUUCUGUACAGCGACUUCUGAUUUACUGUAUGUUUUAUAAACUGCUGAGAUUUUUACACAUUUAGGAAGGUUUUAAACAUUUAUUUUUACAUUUUGGAAAUCUCUUUUAAAGCUGUUUUCAGUUCUGUUUUGUGUAAAAUGAUAAUGUUAUAAACUAUUGGUGUGUGUAUGUGAUGGUGUGUAUGUGAUAGUGUGUGUGUGUGUGUGUGAUGGUGUGUAUGUGAUAGUGUGUGAUGGUGUGUGUGUGUGAUGGUGUGUGUGUGUGAUGGUGUGUGUGUAUGUGAUGGUGUGUGUGUGUGUGUGAUGGUAUGUAUGUGAUGGUGUGUAUGUGAUGGUGUGUAUGUGAUGGUGUGUGUAUGUGAUGGUGUGUGUGUGUGUGUGAUGGUGUGUGUAUGUGAUGGUGUGUGUGUGUGUGUGAUGGUGUGUGUAUGUGAUGGUGUGUGUGUGUGUGUGAUGGUGUGUGUAUGUGAUGGUGUGUGUGUGUGAUGGUGUGUAUGUGAUGGUAUGUAUGUGAUGGUGUGUGUGUGUGAUGGUGUGUGUAUGUGAUGGUGUGUGUGUAUGUGAUGGUGUGUGUGUAUGUGAUGGUGUGUGUGUGUGAUGGUAUGUAUGUGAUGGUGUGUGUAUGUGAUGGUGUGUGUGAGUGAGUGUGAUGGUGUGUGUAUGUGAUGAUGUGUGUGAUGGUGUGUAUGUGAUGGUGUGUGUGUGUGUGUGUGUGUGAUGGUGUGUGUGUGUGUGUGUGUAUGUGAUGGUGUGUGUGUGUGUGUGUGUGUGUGUGUGUGAUGGUGUGUGUGUGUGUGUGUGUGAGAGAGAGAUGCAGGAUAGCGAGGUGUUUUUUUUGGGUGGAUGAAGUGUCCCUUAUAGUUUUACAGAAUUUAUUGUGUUUAAAAAAUGUUCACGAUAUGAAUUUAGGAUUUUACGAACUGAUUAAAAAAAAAACAAAACAUGUGGCUUGAUUUAUUUAGUGACGUGAUUUUAAUCUCUAAAUAAAAAAUAAACCAGAAUUACAGCAGCAAAACUUAUUCACAGAAUAAAAUAUAAAACGUUUUCAGUCAUUUCAUCAGAACGUUUUAAUAAUUAUAAAAUACGAAUAUUAAUGAAACUCAACUGCAGAUCAGCAAAUUAUAUAUAAAUAUCAGAAGAUAAUCAACUUAAAAAAAAUACUGAACGUACAGCGUAUCGUUUCUCUCUAAAUUUAAAAAAAAAGCUAACCUUGUUGCCAUGGUUACGUUCAAGAAAAAUGUAUAGAAGAAGCAUUUAUGAUUUUCUAAUUAACAU